GCCUUGAACGUCCUAUGCGAAUGACGUUGGCUGCGAUUCUUCUACGCGUUGUGGAACGCCGAUUUCAGUGUGUAAUCGUGGGUGUGGUCAGCCUUUUCGCAGAAUUGGUGUUCAGGAGUGCCACACUGCGCAGCCUGCGGUUACCUUCAGCUUUCUGCGAAUUCCGUGCCACAUUUUGGAACCCUCCUCUCCAGCUUCCAGAUCCCAAAGCCGCGCAAUGCAUGCAGCCCUGGCUCGCAGCCCUGCGGAGACCGAACUUGCCGCUCAGCAAGCUCUGCAUCGACUUGCGGGGCUUCGGCGAAGCUGAGUGCCACGCCUUCUUCGGCGCAGUCGCGGAUACGGACGCUCUGAAGUCGGUGGUCGUUCUCUCCUUGCCCGCAGUCGAGCGGCCGGACAGGGUCUGCGCCACCAUCAAGGAGCGAGGACUGAGCGACCGAGUGGACAUCAAAUGGCCUUGCAUGCGCAACACAAGAUGGCUGCAGCAAUGCCCGCAAAUCACCAGCGUAACCAUCAGAGCGACCCAUCUUCAGAGCAAUGGCGAGUUCAGUUUGCAGCGAGUUAUCUCUGCUCUAGGAGUGGUUGGUGGCUGCUCUCACAUAACGUCACUCCAGGUUAACUGCGAUCAAUUUGAUCGCAGUGCGUUCUCAGCCUUGGCGGCAUGCAUAAGAGCUCCGUCCGCGCUAACUGAUGUAAAAAUAAACCUCGGUGACGUUUGUACCCGUCCGAUAAAACAGGAGGAUCGUGAUGUGCAGGCGGAACUGUUGAGAGCGUUGGCCUCAAACGUCAGACUAGUCAGCGUCAGCGUCAAGGGAGUAGUGCUGUCCGACGACGACUUCAAGUGGCUCGCGCAUGGUGUUGGCAAAAGUAUCCGCCUCACAGAAUUCGCCAUGACUCCCACCUGUAACUUCUGUGCCGGGCAUGGUGAAAUGUACGGACCAGUGAGCAGCUGUUCGGUGCACUGGACUGAGGCCUGGACGGGAGUAUCCAUCAAGAACCUCGCAUUGGCCGACAUCUUGGAAACGACCAGACGGAAUGCCUCCGCCGUGUUUGCCGCAGCUCAGUUCGUGUUAGGCCAGGAAGAUGGCGUCGAAGGCGCUCGUUCUAUCGAGCUGAUGCACGACCAUCCUCGUCUGCUCGAAAUGGUGAGCGAAGGCGCUGACGUCACCAAGGCCGACGCCAAGAAGAUGAUCAGCAGCGCCCUGCUUCGUGUUGGCCGCUUGAGCCUCGACGAGUUUAUGAGAAUGACGGGCGUCGUCCAGGAGACGGCGGAGUGCCUUGCAGACCUUGGUGCCAGGCGUCAGCUCUCUGACUUGAACUUCGACUGCUGGCUACACGUUCGCCGUUUCCUGAAGAUAUCGGACGUUCUGCAGCCUCGAGCCGGUCUAUGUGAAAAAUGCUGGCAGUCACCGUCAGCAGAGUAGAGCUUUCAAGCAUUUUCAUAGAAGACACGGCAGGUCCCUAUGGCGUCGACGUACGGCGCAAUCAAGAAUUCAAUAAAAGAUUCAGUCAAUGAGUCAAUCAAUAAUUCAUCUCUGUUUCUGCAAUGGAGAGCAAAGAAGCUUUUGUAAAUCCAAAUAAAUCAU